AGAAAUAAGUUAUGACAUUUUUCAAUGAUUUGUCACGUCAUACGAAAUGAACCAUGUUAUAUGAAUGUCAACGUCAUCUAUUCUUAUGUAUUUUUGGGAAGGUGUAAAUGGUUUUUUUCAGAUGAAUUAACAUUUAAUUCGAAAAAUGGUGCUAAUCGCUGCAGCCGUCUGCACAAAAGCAGGCAAAACAAUAGUGUCUCGACAAUUUGUGGAAAUGACUAAGGCACGUAUAGAAGGAUUACUGGCAGCUUUUCCCAAAUUAAUACCCACUGGAACACAGCAUACAUUUGUAGAAACUGAUUCAGUUCGUUAUGUAUAUCAACCUAUUGAGAGACUCUACAUGUUACUAAUUACUACAAGAGCUAGUAACAUAUUGGAAGAUUUAGAGACUCUUCGACUUUUUGCCAGAAUUAUUCCAGAAUACUGUAAAUCUCUAGAAGAAAAUGAAAUUAUAGAUAAUGCAUUUAAUUUAAUUUUUGCUUUUGAUGAAAUAGUUGCACUAGGAUAUAGAGAAAGUGUUAAUUUAUCACAAAUAAGAACCUUUGUUGAAAUGGAUUCUCACGAAGAGAGGGUGUAUCAAGCUGUAAGACAGACUCAAGAGAGGGAAGCAAAACUAAAAAUGAGGGAAAAAGCUAAAGAGUUGCAAAGACAGAAAAUUGAAGCUGUUAAGAGAGGUAUCAAACCAUCAUAUGGAAGUAGUGGCGGAUUUGGAGCUAAUACAAAUACCUAUUCAUCACCUGCUCCAAAUGAUUUACUUGUAAAUGAUGUUAAACCACCAGUAUAUACACCUACACAAAAACCUCGUGGCAUGAAGUUAGGAGGAAAAGGUCGAGAUGUGGAAUCAUUUGUAGAUCAAUUAAAAUCGGAAGGAGAGAAAGUAGUUACACCUAUUUCUAACAGCGUUUCCCAGACAGGUUCUAAAACUCCACAGAUUAAAUCCGACAUUAACGAUGUACAUUUAAGAUUAGAGGAAAAACUUGUUGUUCGUAUGGGUAGAGAUGGUGGUGUACAACAAUUUGAAGUAUUGGGUUUGGUGACGUUACAUAUUGGUGAUGAAAAACUAGGCAGAAUCCGAGUACAGUUAGAAAAUAAGGAUACUAGAGGAGUGCAAUUACAAACCCAUCCACAAGUUGACAAGGAGUUAUUUAAAAUGCGUUCGCAGAUCGGGUUGAAACAAUCCAGCAAACCUUUUCCUUUGCGUUCAGACGUAGGCGUACUAAAGUGGCGAUUACAAGGUACUGAGGAAUCAUAUGUGCCUUUACUAAUUAAUUGUUGGCCUUCAGAAUCCGGUGAUGGCGGAUGUGAUGUAAAUAUCGAAUAUGAACUUGCCCACCUUAAUUUGGAAUUAACUGAUGUUAAUAUUAAUAUUCCGUUACCUAUUGGUUCUACUCCCGUUGUGGGCGAAUGCGAUGGUACUUAUAUCCAUGAACAGAGACGUACUCAACUUAUCUGGAACUUGCCAUUAAUAGACGCCAACAAUAAAACUGGAUCUUUAGAAUUUACAGUUGCAAAAUCUAUCCCAGAUGACUUUUUCCCUUUAACAGUUUCAUUUACAUCAAGAACUUCAUAUGCCAGUAUUAAGAUCAUUGAUGUUUUAUCAGUUGAUGAUGAUUCUCCAGUUAAAUAUUCCGUUGAAUCAGCUCUAUACCCAGAUAAAUAUGAAAUAGUUUAGAUAUAAAUAAGUAAAUAUUAACUUAGAUGAAUGAUACAAUAUACUUUAAGUGUGUAUAAAUAAUUACUAACCUUUUAUGCGUUAAUAUGUAUUUGUUAAUUUUUGUAAGCAUAUAAGAAAUAUUUCUCUGUAUUUUAUUUUUAUCUAUAAAUAAACUAUAUUUGAAGGGUUUAACAAUA